AUGGCGGCGGCGGCGGCAGCGGCGGACGAGACCGACUACUACCAGCUGCUGGGCGUGUCAAGGUCGGCGACACCCAAGGCUGUGGAUGCUGGGUAUGAAGCUGCGCAUGCACAGAUCAUGGCGGGAGAGGUCGGCACGAGGUCGCGCAAGGAUGCACUGCUGGCCAUCAAUCAAGCUUACGCAGUGUUGGCCGAUGCAGAGGCGCGUGCAGAGUAUGAUGCGGCGAGAGCCGACGCUCUGGCAGACGAGGCCGACGCGAGCCGGCGGGCGCAGGUGCUGAAGGAGGCCAAAGAGGUCGAGAUGAAGCGGCAGGAGCGUCGCAGGGUGCCGGGCACAGAAAAGGUGCGGUACUCGCGGAACGAGCCGCCGGCCUUCAACAUGGAUCCCAACUGCAUCCACUGCAUGAGCAACGAGCACGGCGUCGAGGUCAUCCACUCGGCCACCGGCGUCGACAAGUUCCUCGCGACCUUUGAUACCUUCCUCUGCUCCUUCCUCUGCCCCAUCCCUAUCUCACCCGAGCUCAGUCUCACUCUCUUUAUCAUCGGCUCGGUCGUCUUCUUUGUCGGUACCCUCUUCCUCUGCGGCAAACUGUUCGGCUGCAAGGAGCCGCCCACAAGCGAGACUGACUCUGCCCACGGCGACGACCAUGCUCACUCCGAGUAG